AUGACUGCCUCCCCAGUAUACAUCGUCGGUGUGGGGAUGACCCCAUUUCAGUCUCCCAAAAAGUCAGCCGCAACCUCCUCCAAUCCCGAGGGAGAUUAUUUCAACCUCGCCGUAUCCGCAUGUGUGAAAGCUUUACUCGAUGCCGGAAUCAACUAUGAUGAUGUUGAUCAGGGAGUUGGGUGUUAUGUGUUUGGUGACUCUGCUGGCGCACAGCGUGUUUUCUACACCCUGGGGAUGACUGGAGUUCCCAUUUACAAUGUUCAUAACUACUGCAGCGCGGGGAGUACGGGCCUGUAUAUGGCCAAUCAGUUUAUUCAGGCCGGCAGUGCUGAUUGUGUCCUUGUGGUGGGAUUUGACAAAAUGUAUCCUGGUGCUCUUCCACAGAUUUAUAAGGAUAGGGAGAAUCCUCUGGGAAGAAUUCUGGCUCUUUCAAAGCGUUUUAUUCCCAAGGGUCAAGCAGAAUCAGCUGGCUGGACACCUCAGCUAUAUGCCAACGCCCAAGCUGAGUACCUGGAAAAAUACGGAUCGAACGGAGCAAAAGCAGAGCAUUUCGCCGCUAUUGCCUCCACUAACCGUACGCAUGGCAUGAACAACCCCUACAGUCAGCUGCGUCAGUCUGUGACGACCGAGGAAGUUUCAUCGAGUCCACAGGUGUCGGGAUCGAUUACUCGGCUGCAAUGCUGCCCAUCCUCGACCGGAGCUGCCGCCACGGUCCUAGUGUCGGAGCGUUUCCUGCAAGCUCAUCCCUACCUGAAGGAAAGCGCAAUUGCCAUUAGGGGCCAAGCCCUUGCAACUGACUCUCGGGAUUUACGUGCUGCCCAGAAUGCCUUCAAGCAGGCUUCACUAUCACCCAAAGACAUCCAAGUGAUUGAGCUGCAUGACUGCUUUACGACAAACGAGAUGUGUGCGAUCGAAGACUUGGGCCUAGCUCCACACGGCGAAGGGUGGAAGCUGGUCGCCGAUGGAGGCAUCACGUAUGAUCAAAGUUCUAAAACGAAUAGAACGUCUCCAGGAUGGAUCAUCAAUCCCAGUGGCGGAUUGAUUUCUAAGGGUCAUACGCUGGGAGCGACAGGCCUUGCUCAAACGGCCGAGUUAGUAUGGCAUUUACGUGGCUGGGCAUCAACCCGUUGUGUACCGCAGACCAAAUACUGCCUGCAGCACAAUAUGGGCCUCGGGGGUGCUACAGUUGUCACUGUUUUAGGUCGUGCCGACGACAAAGUUGCACCCUUGCCGUCUGAAAUCCAGGAUCAGGUUGACGGACGACGACGUCUCGGAUAUAACCCAGCUCUGGAAGCAAGGGGAGUAAACAAGCAGGAUAUCGAGGCUGUGAAAUCUCGAAAGGCAUUCAGUAACUGGGCUGCCGACACAUUCGAAGCUCUGGGAAAUACACGUGAAGUUAGAUUGUGA